GUGGCGCGGCUGGGGGUAACAGGGCUACUGUUGCCGGCCGGUGGCGGCGGGGAGCGGCGGGGUCAUGAGGGCGAGUCUGGGGCGCGGCAGCCGAGCCGGCCGUUAGAAGCGCCGGUCCUCGAGGACUCCGUGGGCGCGGGGUUCGGUGCAGGGGCCGGGAGGCUUAGGGAAGCCGGGGCCUCCCUCAGGGACGUGUCCUGGGCGAGGCGGCCGUAGUGUGGAAGCAGCUUCAGGUAAAGGUUGCCCCAGCCGCCGCCGCCCCCUCGCCCGCGGGACUCUGCGGCCCCUCAGCACCCUGCUGCCCGCGCUGCCCAGCGGCUGCCCGCCGGGGCCGUGCUCGGUGGCCUGGGAGCAUCCGUUUCCUGGCCCUUCCCGAGCCUGACAGCUGGGUGUGUGACUUAGGUAGGUGAGCCCUCGAAACAGUAUGAAGAGGAGAAAAUAGCCUUAAGGAAACUGGCCCACAGGAAGGAUGGCCUUCUUGGACAAUCCAACUAUCAUUCUAGCCCAUAUUCGACAGUCACACGUGACCAGUGAUGACACGGGAAUGUGUGAGAUGGUUCUCAUUGAUCACGACGUUGACCUAGAGAAGACCCAUCCUCCUUCAGUGCCUGGAGACAGUGGGUCAGAAGUUCAGGGAAGCAGUGCUGAGACUCAGGGCUAUGUGUACGCCCAGUCUGUCGAUAUUACCUCAAGCUGGGACUUUGGUAUUAGAAGACGUUCAAACACAGCUCAAAGAUUAGAACGACUCCGCAAAGAGAGACAAAACCAGAUCAAAUGCAGAAAUGUUCAGUGGAAAGAAAGAAACUCUAAGCAAUCAGCCCAGGAAUUAAAGUCACUGUUUGAAAAAAAAUCCCUCAAAGAGAAGCCUCCAAGUUCACGCAAGCAGUCCAUAUUGUCUGUACGCCUGGAGCAGUGCCCUCUGCAGCUGAAUAACCCCUUUAAUGAGUAUUCCAAGUUUGAUGGCAAGGGCCAUGUGGGUACAACUGCAACUAAGAAGAUCGACGUCUACCUCCCCCUGCAUUCAAGCCAGGACAGACUGCUGCCAAUGACCGUGGUGACAAUGGCCAGUGCCAAGGUGCAAGACCUCAUUGGGCUCAUCUGUUGGCAGUAUACAAGUGAAGGACGGGAGCCAAAACUCAAUGACAACGUCAGUGCUUACUGCCUGCAUAUUGCUGAGGAUGAUGGAGAAGUAGACACAGAUUUCCCGCCGCUGGAUUCCAAUGAGCCCAUUCAUAAGUUUGGCUUCAGUACUUUGGCCUUGGUUGAAAAGUAUUCAUCUCCUGGUCUGACACCCAAAGAAUCACUCUUUGUUCGAAUAAAUGCUGCUCAUGGAUUCUCCCUUAUCCAGGUGGACAACACAAAGGUCACCAUGAAGGAGAUCCUGCUAAAGGCAGUGAAGCGAAGAAAAGGAUCCCAGAAAAUUUCAGGCCCACAGUACCGCCUGGAGAAGCAGAGUGAACCUAACGUCGCAGUGGACCUGGAGAGCACGCUGGAGAGCCAGAACGCCUGGGAGUUCUGCCUGGUCCGAGAAAACAGUUCAAGGGCAGACGGAGUUUUUGAGGAGGAUUCACAAAUUGACAUUGCUACAGUUCAGGAUAUGCUUAGCAGUCACCAUUACAAGUCAUUCAAAGUCAGCCUGGUCCACAGACUGCGGUUCACAACUGACGUGCAGUUAGGUAUCUCUGGAGACAAAGUAGAGAUAGACCCUGUUACAAAUCAGAAAGCCAGCACUAAGUUUUGGAUUAAGCAGAAGCCCAUCUCAAUCGAUUCUGACCUGCUCUGUGCCUGUGACCUUGCCGAGGAAAAGAGCCCCAGUCACGCAGUAUUUAAGCUCACGUAUUUAAGCAGUCAUGACUAUAAGCACCUCUACUUCGAGUCUGAUGCAGCCACAGUCAGUGAAAUCGUGCUCAAGGUCAACUACAUCCUGGAGUCACGAGCAAGCACUGCCCGGGCUGACUAUUUUGCUCAGAAACAAAGAAAACUGAACAGACGUACAAGCUUCAGCUUCCAGAAGGAGAAGAAGUCAGGGCAGCAAUGACACCGGCCUUCAGGCUGUUGCCACAGCCCAGCUUGUUUGCAGGCCAGGUGCCCAGAGUCCACCUACAUCCUGCAGUGCCUGAGCUCCCAGGCAUAGGGCUGCUGGGCUCUGGGAGGAGGUGGAGAGGUAGGGGGUGCCCUACUCUGGAGUCCGGGGACAUUGCCAUUGGACUGAAACCUGGCAAUGGCUUUCAGUAGCAAUGCCCAGGAGCCAGACCACCUCCUGGAGGAGCGCCGCCCUGUUUGCCGCCUGGCAGUGCCACCAAGGAUGUAUAUAGCCAUGCCAGAUAUCUCCUUGCAACUUGAUCACAUUUCUUAAAGCAGACAAAGAACAAAAAUGUACAUUUCUUUUUUUUUUUUCUUUUAAUAAACAGGUGUACUCUUUAUCAUGGUUGGUAUUGAUGGAGCAUUUUUGGGGGGCAGAGGAUUGACUAUAUUAUCUUCUUUAAAAUCUGUUCCUGUAUUGAACAGGCAAAUUGCAAAAGCUGUGGUCGGAGUUCUCAGAAGCAAUGUUUAGGGCUUAGCCAGUAGUUAACUAUGCCAUUUGUUUAAACGAGUUCAUUUGCUUUGAGAAUAGCAUCUUCUAGAAGUUAGGAACAAGGACCUUCCCCUUCAAAGGCCUUCUCAAUGUGCCAGUGCCUGUGACCUGAGAGACAGGUGCUGGCAGGGUAGAUAGUGUGACAGACAGUGUGUCUCCAGGUACUGAGCUUCUAGCCAGAGUGGUCUCUCAUUUCCUCAAAACAAGUGUCAGAUGGUCAGCCUGAGCCCAGAAGAGUCUGCUUUGCUGGCUCUGAAGCCUGCCCUACCUUCUUCCCGGUGCCUGCUGAGAGUUGUGUCGGGGUGGGGGUGGAGGGGAGCCCAUGUCCUUGCACCCAAAGCCCUGAGCAGAAAAGGCAAGGUACCCAGCACCCUGACACCACACCUCUGACUACACCAGAUGCCUCUGCAGACCUCACCGUGGUCCCUCCUGUGACAGCAUCUUCUCAUACUGUCCUGGGCCAGCGCCAUGGGCCAAUGUCUCAAGCACCUAUGUUUAAAACAUUUUUUAAAUCAUUGUGUUUAAGCAUCUCAGAGUCAAGUGUGUUUCCUUGCAAAGGGGUCAUCUGAAUGAAUGUCUCUCUCAUUCUGAUCUGUUCAGACAACAGGGGCACCCUUUUCUAAUGUCUUCCAUUCCUAUCUCCCCCAAAAAGAAAUAUUAUUUGUAGCUUGCUGUGUAUUUGAAUUUUUAGCAAUUUUAUAUUUAGAUAUCUUUGAAAUGUAAAUGACUAAUUUGGUCAUUAAAUCUUGUCACGUAUUCAAUAUUAAAAUACUAAAAUAAAAGUAAUAAAUACCCUCUUGUA